UCCACUAUUAACAACAACAAACGAACAUGCUCCUCUGAAACCAAACCUUUGCUUUAGGUUUAAUUGAACAUAUUGGUACAUUAUGCAGACACAUAAAUACAAUGUGAUAUCACACAAUAUAAAAUACAAAUAAAAUAUAAGAUCAGCCUAACUACAUGGACAGAUGUCUGGUGUCUUGCAGUAUUUCUUAAACUUAGAGAAAAUUAUCCUUUAUUGUUUAUUCAUAAAGAUCAUGAGCCCACCCUGGACCAGGAGGACCCAGUCCUUGUUCAGCCAACUUAUUACCUUACCCAUGCUGGGAGGAUGCUGGUGAGAGAGCUGGCAGUGUUAAACACACAGAUUUUCACGAUGGAGCAGCCUAUUUUCAUCUGUUUCACUCCAGCUAGGAGGAUGGUAUGGGAGGAACUGUCUUCUCAAAAUGAACAGUAUGUGGAUGAGGAGGUUGGGCAGUGGCCCUGUCUGGCUUUAAUCCCUUGGUCUGGACCCUUGUAUGUUCCUGUCUCUCCCAAACCAGUCUACUAUCUCACCCGUGCUGGGAGAAUUCUGGUGAGAGAGCUGGCAGUGUUAAACACACAGACUUCCAAAUUGGUUACUGAGGAGCCUACCUUUCACCUCACUGAAGCGGGGAGGCUAGUGCUUGACGAACUGUCAGCACCUUUAGAUAGCCAUUCACAGCCAAAUAGUGAAGACUCUCGUUUUCCCUAUGAGAAGUUGCAGCUGGUUGGGAACUGGGGUUCGUUUCAUUUCCAUUACUGGAAGAUCCAUUAUAGACGAGUGCAGCAAAAUGAAGAGGACUUGCAUCACCUGUGCAUUGUGAGGGGAGUGGAGAAACAGCUGUGGUGGAGCAGAGUCAUUCAGGAAAAAAUCCUGGAUCCAUGGGGUCUUGUCCAGGUGGUCCUCACCAACAAGGAGCUGACUGGUAUUAAGUUCCUUGGUAGAAGGAUCUAUGGACUCAGGUCCUGCCUUGUCAAGAUGAGGUCUGAGUUCACCUAUUAUGAGGAUGCCCAGCAGGUGGAUAUCUCCCACCACAGUGGAGGGGUUCCAGGAGAGGGGGAUGAGAUGACGUCGUAUCAGUUCUCCACCUCUGACAUCAUCACCACCCCUCAUGAACCGUUCUCUGUCCCCCCUCCACCUUACCACUCCACCCAGGACCAGGACCAGACCCCUGACAGCACUCCUCACGAGUUUGUGGAGGAGCAAAAUAAUGUUGCAGAUGUGCCCCAGCUGUGGAGUUACUUUGGAAACCAAGGGACAACCAACUUCUCUCUGAGGCUGGCCGGUAUCCGACAUGCUAUGGAGGCUCUGACAUCCUCAGACAGUACCUCCCUUAAUUACCUCACCCACGCUGGGAGGAUGGUGUUGAGCGGAUUGUCCGAGCUCAACCAGCAGGAUGUGAGGCAGUUUCAGCAGGCCUACGACCUCCUGGUGAACUUCAUUAAUGAGCCAGCAAACAGGGAGCGACUAGAGCAAGAGAUGGCUCUUGUAGGAGUAGGUUUACAUGCAAGUUUGAGCGUUAGCUGUAGGCACAGUCUGCUCAUCCAACAUCUACUCAAUGAGACUUUCUAAAGUGCUUGUCAAUGAAGAUUAUGUAAUUAGCGUAUUUGUUUGACUUCAG